AUGGUCGCAUUGAAGUGGGCAGUUUACGCCGACCUCGAUCGCCUGAAGGCUUGCAAUGAAACGCUGUUAUUCGACGUCAACAUCUUCAACAAUCUUCCUGAUGGUGUCGCAAGGACCAGUAUCAGGGUAUGCACAGCAGACUUUGACAGGCCGUCGCCUUUAACCGGAAGAGAUGACGAUGCCUCGACUGAGAGCCGGCCAUCGAACGAGCAACUCGUCACUUCUGCCAUUCGUCUAGCCUUGAGCGGUAAAAAGGCCGAGGCACAUUUGACGGAUGAUGUGCUGGCCGCUGGCCGCCAGAUUGUCAACUAUGUCAACAACAAACCCACAGUCAACGGCAACCAGCCCACUCUCGCAUUUAGCUCGGUUCGCGACAAUAUUAUGAUGGGACUUUACACAGGACACCGGGCCCGCCAGCAAGGAAUUCACGAAACACUGCUCGAGAAGGUCCUCGCCGAGGUCCAGCAGAACGGAGCUUCCGACUCCAUCCUCAUGGAGCUCUGCGACAACGACCCGAAGCGCGGCGCUAACUACAUUGUGGGAGUUGCAGCUAGCACUGUGGGCAACUUCUCGUUCGUGCAAGAGGCUGCGGUCACAUGGGCCGAUGGGAAAUGUAUGACGGAUAAUACUGCGAUGACAGUCCUGCCAAAGGCGUACUCCGGAGUCACAUGGAACGCUCUCAGCUACACCCAUAUUCAUUUUGCGUUUCCCAACGUGACGGAAGACUUCAAAAUUGACGUCUCCAACAUUCAAACAGAAUUUGAUCGAUUCAAGAAACUUACGGGGGUGAAGAAAGUGGUCUCCUUGGGUGGAUGGGCUUUCAGCAACGACGCAGCCACGGUCCAUAUUCUGCGGAGCGCUGUUCUCCUACAAAAUCAAGCCGCCUUCCAAAGAAACAUCGUCGACUUCCUUGAAGAGCACGAACUUGAUGGUAUUGAUAUCGAUUGGGAGUAUCCGGAGGCCAUGGAUAUCGACGGCACUCCGCCUGGGAAUGAACUUGAAGGUGACCUCCUAGCUGUUUUCAUCAAACGGCUAAGGGAAUCCAUGCUUAAAGGCAAAAGCAUCUCCUUCGCGGCGCCAUCAUCCUACUGGUAUCUCCGAGCAUACCCCAUAGAGAUUAUGGCCCCGUUCGUCGACUAUGUGGUGUACAUGACCUACGAUCUCCACGGUCAAUGGGACCAUGGAAAUGCCUUCACAUCCCCCGGAUGCCCCUCUGGGAACUGCCUCCGAUCACACAUCAAUAUGACGGAGACCAUAACGGCCCUGUCUAUGAUGACCAAGGCCGGCAUGCCCUCCAACAAGAUCGCGGUGGGCAUAACAAGCUACGGACGAUCUUUCCACAUGGCCGAGCAGGACUGUUAUUCGGAGUGGUGUCUCUUCACGGGCACGAGGGUCAAGUCCGAGGCGACCCCCGGAAUAUGCACCGGCGAGCCGGGCUACAUUGCAAACGCCGAGAUCGAAGAGAUGAGGGAACACUACUUGACCCACAUCAAGUCCGACCUGCUGGCGGACAUCAUUGUUUACAACGAUACCGAGUAUGUUUCUUACAUGGCGGAUGAGCACAAGGCCGGCCGCAAGGCGCUUUACGAUAUGUGGCACAUGGCUGGAACCAGCGACUGGGCAAUCGAUCUUCAGUCAUAUUCCUACGACGACUAUUACAAUGAGGACUACGUACUCAAGCCUCUCACGAAAUGCGACGGCACCUACGACAACAUUAAUGACGUUCAUAACGACAAGGGCAACAUUCCGAACCACUGCAUCAGCAAAUAUGUCAUCGGGGCUCUGGGAAAGAUGCUCGAGAAGGCCGUCGGUGAGUACGGCAAAAUCAUGGACGACGGCUACGACAAGAAGUUUGAAUAUUUCGCAGACGCUUUACGGCAGCAGUGGAGCGCCGGCAUGUCAAACCUCUUCUCAAAACAUCUCGGCGAGCACUUUGAUUGUUUCCGGAAGCAGGGCGGUGGACUUGUUGAUCAUGCGUGCCCGCCUUUUGAGAAAUCCCCCGGGCUAUCUGCCAAGAUAGUGCUCAAGGUCAAGGACGAGGACAAGCUCAAGAAGUUCAUCCUAGAAGAGUACGCCAUUGACUGGGAUAACAUUGAGUUUGUCCAGAUCCCGCAAGAGGAUAACGGGAGCGGCCACGGCUGCAACUUCGGCCCAUGCGGCUUGUAUUUCAUCGACGGCGUGCCGCAUCUGAAGAGGGACGCCGACGUCCCAAAUCCCAAAUCCUCCGUCGCAGAAUCCAUCUCCAACCUCCGCAAGCUCCCAGACGUCCUCCGCGAUACAGCCAAAGACAUCAACGAUCUCCCUGCCGACUCCUCUCCCGAAGACGUCAUUGACGGGGCCAUGCUGCCGGUGUUCAUGGUCAUGACGGCGACGGAGGCGAUGAACAAAAAUGCCGACAUCGGGGAGGAGCUGGAGGAGACCGAGCGCAAGUGGAUCAUUGGCAUGAUCGUCACGGCGAUCCUCUUCGUCAUACCGGCCAUUGGUAGCGCGCUGACGGCAGUGACGGGAAUCGUCAUGAUCGCCCGAGUCGCGACGCUGGCGGCGGAGGCCGGCAGCGCGGUGUGCGGCGCGAUUGACAUCGCGGAGAGCCCAGAAAACGCCGUCGCGGGCAUCUUCGGCAUCGUUCUGGGUAUCGCCGGCGUCGGGUCCGCGGUCAAGGGGGUCUGGAAAGAGGCGGCCUCAUUGCGGCGUGGCUUCAAGGCGGCUGACCUUGCGAGUCUGGGCGGAGAUGUGAAGAACAAGGUUGACUUGGUGGACUCUAUGGUCAAGGUAUGUCGGAUCAAGUUAUGA